AUGACCGUGGCUCAUGAGCUCAGGAGAAAAAGCGUCACCCAUAAUGUCAGCAUUUUCCGCUCUCCAGCUACAUCAUCACCUGAUUGUGGGAGCUAUGAUUCGCUCUGUGGCACGCUGCUUUCUGUUACUGCGAGUGAUGAUAAGACCGCAGAUGACUGCGGAGGACAGAUCAGAACUGACAGGAAGUGGGAGAGAGAUAGGGAGUGGGAUUGGGAAAGGUCCUUGAGUCGGGAUUCGGACUCGGAACGGUGCUUUCCACCCUUGAUCUUCUCCAGACCUCCACACCACAAACUUCAAGCCAAGAACCAAACAGAGAACAUUUUAGAAAGGAUUCACCUGCACAUCGCGCCCGAUGCUGAGACUGAUGCCUGCACGUCUAAGUCCUGUAUCACUCAUCAGAAGUUUGCUAUGGCACUUUAUGAACAGUCUGUGUGUAGGAGCUGUGGUGCGUCCUCCGACCCGCUACCCUUCACUGAGCUUGUGCACUAUGUGUCCACCACAGCCCUCUGCCAGCAAGUCUUGGAGAAGAGAGAUGAAAGGUUUGGGGAGUUGCUUCAAGCUGCCAGCACAGUUGGAGAUCUGCGUAACUGUCCGAGUAACUGUGGGCAGAGAAUCAAGAUCCGGCGCGUGCUGAUGAACUCUCCAGAAAUCGUGACCAUCGGAUUUGUGUGGGACUCAGAACAGUCAGACCUCACUGAAGACGUCAUCCGAUCUCUCGGACCACACCUCAACCUCUCAGGGCUCUUUUACCGUGUCACAGACGAGCGUGCAAAGAAGAGCGAGCUGCUGUUGGUGGGAAUGAUCUGUUACUCCAGCAGACAUUACUGUGCCUUCACGUACCACACCAAAUCAUCCAAAUGGGUUUUCUUUGAUGAUGCCACUGUCAAGGAGGUGGGAUCCAGAUGGAAAGAUGUGGUCACUAAAUGCAUCAAAGGUCACUUCCAGCCCUUGCUCUUGUUUUACUCAAACCCUGAUGGCAGUGCUGUGGUAACAGACGAGGCCCAGCGGACCAACAGCAGUGCUACCCAAAAUAAGAGCUCAGUCAAUGGAGAAGCACCAGGAACUCCUAUACCGGGUGGAAGGAAGUUGGAGUUGACGCGAGAGAACUUGACUGCUUUCUUCUCAAAUCAUGGUACUCCGAAGCAGAAGACUCAGCCUCUCUCUGUGUUCAGUCGUGGCAGUAACCAGACCAGCGGCGGCAGAGGACCAGUGAGGAUGAGCUUUGAACCGAUUCAGAGUCGAUUCGGAGAGAUUUUGCGGGAGCUGCCGAAAGAAGGCCGUCCCAUUAACCUUAUUAAGAAGGACUCGGAUCGGUCACAGAUGAGACCAGAAACACUGAGGCGCCGGGACUCCCCUGACAAGCCUCAUUCCCGCUCGCUGUCACCUCCGGAGAACGGCUUCAAGCAUCUGGAGUCGCGGCUCUACAGCAGCCAGGGCAGGGGUCCGACGAAAGCCGAGCGCUGGCCUGUUACUAACACUCAGUACAGCCACGAGCCCCGCUCUCAGUCCCAGCCUCAUCCCCCUGGAGAGAGCCGCUCUCGGAGGCUGGAUGUGGCCAACGGCUACGAGACCGACAGCAGUCAGGACUCUCGGACGUACAGCCGGCCGAAUCGAGCGUGGAGGCCGAUGCGAGAGGCGCUUAACGUCGACAGCGUCCUAAACAGCGAUAAUAAUCAAAACUACCCCAACUCUCGCAGACAGAACUUUAAUCAGGACAGCGAAGAGUCGGCGUGGGUCCGACGAGAAGAACGCAAACCCAAGAGCUUAAUGACGAUUUAUGAGGACGAGCAGCGGCAGGACAUGGGCAGCAGGAGCUCGCUGGAAUCAGAGGACAGGGUUAAAUCAAGCGUCAGUAACCUCACCAUUCAGACUGAUAACUGGAAAUUCCAGCGCACUGAAUCUGGAUACGAGAGCAGUGAUCGUCUCAGCAGCAGCUCGGCAAACCUGGACUCUCCUGUGGUGGAGAACUUGAGCAACAAAGACAUGCAGUCCAUACCAGAACCAAACCUCUCCAGGGAGCCUAACUACCAAAAGAGGUACGAGGAUUUAAAGGCCGAGAUCUCACCUUCGUCCAUUAUCUACAGUGACCACCAAAAGAAAACACAUGAUCAUUUCAUGAGUCCUGUUAUUCCAAGGAAACAAGCUUUUCGAUACAACCCUGCGAAGGAGAGGAUGGAGAAGACUGAGGUAGAACGAGCACACGUGGUAAACGGGAACCCCAUCUCUCCUAAUUUCACCAAGACCUGCAAUUCAGAGUGGAACAGCUCCGAUGAUCUUGCCGGACCCUUUUCCGAGCAGGAGGAUUCCUCAUCACGAGCUGACGUUCCUCCGGUUCCCUCUCGUGCCGCGGCUCUAUCAGUGCCUCCCAAACCUCUCAUCCUGAGCUCAGAGAACCGGCGACGAGAUCCCCGUCCACCCAGCCCUCGACGUCUUCUUCGAAACGGCUCGGCUCUGUCCCAAACCGUCCUGCAGAAGUGGAUGGAAAACUCUGACACGAGCUCCAAGUCUGGCUCCUCUGAUCAGGAGAGGAACGAGCUGUCUGCGAGUGAGGGUGAGGAGAAGUUCUCCAGGUUUCCCAAACCUGCGGCCGGCUCUGCUGUCAUCCCCAGCACGUACUUCUCCGUGGACAGCUGCAUGACGGACACGUACCGUGCCAAGUACCAUAAAAAGAGACCUGCUCUGUAUGUGAUGGCAGACUCUAGAGCCGGAGAUCACACCUCGUCUGGUGAAAGUGAUUACGGGGAAAGACUGUCACCGGCUCCUUCAGAAACGCACAGCAGAGCCACAGCGCUGCCAGUUCAUGCUUCCGGUAAUAAACCCACUGCUAAAUGGAACCCAGUUUCAGUGAAAGGACUGGAUGAACAUGGCUUUCUCUGACAGCAGAUCUCACGCUAUCACAGCACUCUGCGUGAGUGAACGCUCAGCGGCCUUCCCCUGAAGAUGUGUGUUUGUGUAGUAUGCAUUCAGACACAGUGCGUGGCAGUAUCCGACUUUACAUUUGCACAUUUUUCAGCCAAAAGAGAACUAUUACGUAACUUAAAAGACAAAAUUCCAAAACACUCCUUUAGGCUUAAGGAUAUUUGAUGUAACUUAAGACUAACAAAACUAACAAAAACUACGACUGAUUGUCCAAUGACAGUUUGCCCUAAAUAUGAUAAAGUGCUUUAGUUGGUUUGGAGGGAUGUGUUUCUGUUCACUGCUUCUGAUUUUCUGGUUUUGAUUGUUUGUGGAGGAAGGAGCUGUAUUUUCAGAAGGUGAAGCUGCUAAAUGUGAAACCAUUCCUGUCUUUAGUAAGAACUGCUUUUGAAAAGCACAAUUAAGCUUAAUGUUUGAUGGCCUUUUUUGUUAGUUUAGGUGUGUGACGAUAUCUCUUUUUUAUUAUUUAGUCCCUCAUCAAUAAUUAAAAAUGUUUUCAUCCUUUUAUCAUGUCAUGGUCAGUUUUUCGACCAAUGUGCACAAAAAUGAUAGAGAAGACACUGGAGAUUAAAUUGUUUGGUCAUUUAUAAGUAAAAAGUGGAAUUUGACGUUAUUUGGGCUCAUCUAAAUAUGUUUUCAUAUUUGGAACAAGACAAGUUGUACAUUGUUGUUAUUUGUAUGAUGUUUUGUAUAUUGCUAGGCAGAACACACUGAAUAGUGCCUUAUUUUGUAUGUAAAGAUGGGAUAACAGUGUUUUUAUUUGUAAAAUGUUAACUUUCUAAAUUAUUUUAUAAUGUUGUAGUUCAUUUUGGUUGAGAACUUUUAAUAAACUGAUUUAU